AUGAAUGAUUUCCUAUACAACAGAGGAAGGCAGUUAUCUUAUGGUUCAACCGAACAUUUAAAUGAUUUCCAUUGCCACAAAAAUCUUGAUGAAAUACCAUCUUCGAAUAAACGUGCCAGGAAUGUUUUGUGGCUUUCUCUUUUAACUUGUCUUGCAUUUAUGAUUGGUGAAAUUGUUGGCGGCCUAAUCGCUCAAUCUUUAGCUAUUAUUACGGAUGCAGCACAUCUGUUGACCGAUUUUGCCAGUAUUCUUAUUUCCUUAUUUUCAUUGUACCUCGCAACAAUGCCAGCAUCUCAGCGAAUGAGUUUCGGAUGGCAUCGAGCAGAAGUUCUUGGUGCAUUUAUAUCAGUCUUUCUCAUUUGGAUUAUAACUGGUGUACUUGUUUAUUUAGCUAUUGAUCGUAUAAUCACCAACAAAUAUGAUAUUAAUGCAACUGUUAUGGCUAUUACCGCCACAUUUGGUUUACUUGUAAAUAUCAUAAUGACAAUUAUGCUUUAUGUUGGUGGCCAUUCGCAUUCGCAUAUUAGUGAGAGGUCACCUAGAGAAAUGCAGUCGAGCACGUCGCACAAAAAAGUUAAUAUAAACGUGCGUGCAGCGAUGGUGCACGUUAUCGGUGAUCUUAUUCAGAGUAUUGGAGUACUCAUUGCUGCACUUAUCAUAUUUUUUAAUAAAGAAUGGUCGAUAGUCGAUCCAAUAUGCACUCUCUUAUUUUCGAUAAUAGUGCUAUGCACAACAAUUUACAUAGUACGAGACGCUCUCGUCGUUCUUUUAGAAGGUCGACCAUCGAAUAUAGAUUUUCGCUCAGUUUUUGCAUCGCUCGAAAAUAUUGAGGGAGUCCAAAAAGUUCACGACCUUCGAAUUUGGUCGUUAACAAUGGAUAAAAUAGCCCUCAGCGUGCAUUUGGAAAUUAUUCCCGGUGAUGAUGCUCAACGAAUACUUAAAGCAACUACAUUAAUGCUACGUGAACGAUAUGGAGUUCAUGAAAGUACCGUGCAGAUCGAAGGCUACAGCCAAGAAGAUCAGAAUUGUGAUCGAUGCAUCCCACCCGCAUAA